AUGCUCGCUAUUAAAAGUUCGAGAAAACAGUCGCUGCGAUUAUUGUCCAACGAGGAAGACAAUCUGUUGGCCGGGAUUGACUUUCAAACCUACUAUCUUGGGAGGAAAGAGAUUCAGAAUGACAACAACGAUUUAGACACCGUUGUCGAAGGUAUAUAUUCAAAAUAUAUGUAUAAUGGGGACAUAAAUAACUCAACUCAGUUGACGAUAACGGUUGAUACUAACCAACUCAUGUUUCGAGACGUCGUCACACACCAUAUUGAGUUCAUUAUCGCACUUACAAGCGUGAAAUCCGUUUACUGCUCUAGUAAAAAGACAAAAUUCCCGAAUGCUGUUAUCCUUCUAUGUUGUUUACCGUCUCAAAGUACAGCCACUGUUCAUGUUUUACAUUGCCUGAACCAAAGUCAGGCUAGAGAUUUCUAUAAUGCGAUUAAUCGUGCCUUUGAUUAUCAUGGGGAUGCUACUCAGGCGAGCAAACCGAAUCGGGCGAACGUAGAUAAAGGAAAUAAAGAUUUAGAAGCAAGUGCUGUAGGCGCGUAUAAAGUAAAUACGACGAAGUCGAUGAAAUAUCGAGAAUUGAAUGUUACUGCUCCAAAGAAAAAGGAAACGUGUGCGGGCGAGAACACUGGUUUACUUGGUGCUGAGGAGUUAGUGCCAGCAAAAGACGAGCAGAUCCAAACAUCUGUGACUGUGAACGAGAUAGUUCAAACUCAAGUUGACGAUGACGCACGUGCGAAGCCAAGAUCUAGAGCAAAGUCGUCUCCUCAGACAAAGGGUGCCGAAGGGGUAGGACUAUUAGAUAACAUUGACCCUGAUGACGGCUUUGAUGACGAAUUCACUGACUUGGCACGGAACAGAUCUUUAUCAGAUAACAUUAAGGCUAGAUUCGGACGUUAA